ACGACACCAAGAGGACCCCAACAUCCGCAGGUUGAUAAACGACAGCAUCCUUCUCGUUAUAGUGCAUAUCCCGGUGAGAUACCUGGCGAGGAUAGGUGUUCUGUGAAUGAUGCUGAAGUUGCCAGACUGUCGAUCUUAGAUCCUCUCAUCGCUCAAAGGAUUAUGGUCGCCAGGCGUGCAGAAGUCAGGGAGAGCCGUAACAGCCGUGUCGCUCAAUCAAUCUUGUUUGAUGAAAACCAUGGGGUCAGCAACGAACACCUUGAUGAUGGAGGUUUGCACCAAAAGAGCGACCCCACUCGGGAUACCAGUAUCAGUAAGACUUCAACUGUUCACUCGUCCCAGGAGAGGAUGUCCACGAGGAGGGAGAGGUCUAAUUCGCGCGUGAGCGCACAUCGUCGGCAUUUUGCGCCUUUCGACGAUGAAGGCGCAGGCGAUGCUGCGAUGGGUAUGGAACACGGACGAAUUGUGACGCGUAACUCGCAGCUUUUUCGUCAGUCGCUUAACUCGCAGCUCGAGGAGCCCGCAGAGGCUGUCCCGAUGCCGUAUGGCUUCGGUGUGGACUUGGAAGAUCGUCCCGAAAGCCACUUCUUCUUCCAACUUGGGGCUCGCGAUGCAGAGGACAUCUGUACUCGACGAGAUGAAGUGGACCAGGACGCUCACCCCCGAAGAUCAAGUGCGCUCAAGAAUUCCGCUUUGUCGUCCUAUGUCAGUCGCAUACGACAGAGCAGCGCUCAGCAGGCCAAAAAGAAAGUGGAGCAUGCAAAUCGGAUUGACUCCAUCGCAUCGAGAAGAAAACCGUACUCGUCUUCGUCUAAAUCUAGGAUAAGUGUGUUUGGGGAUAUCAGCGUGAAGAAUGUAGGCGCAGGAAGUCCAUGCUUGCAGAUCCUAGAUUCGGCCUCUUUCCAACCUUUAUCGAACACCACUAGAAGCGGCUGGCUGUGGGGUCUAGAGUAGGCAGCUCAUUGCUUGGAUUCUAGUGCGGCGGCGCCCGGUGGGCACAUAAUUAGUAUGCUACUUGAAGGGGCGCGCCGCUCUGUCGUGGGUCUUAGGCUGACAGCCCAGGUCGUUUCCUCUUGUGUGCUGACUUUGCUGAUUGGGCGCGCCCGUCGCUGGCAAAUGGGAGCCCGUUUCGCUGUGACUGGCCGGGCCUGUGGGUGAGGUGUGCCCCUUUCUUUUUGCGAAUUGCAUUGAGCGAAGUGCGUGGGAUCAGCUUCUCAUGGAAAGCGCCACGAGCGGAGUGCGCCUUCUUUGUGUCCCGCAGAGUUUGCCAGUCGGUCGGGGUUGCCUUUCUUGAGGUGCUUUGUUUCGUGCGCUAGGUGCCGCCCUCCGUUUGGUGUUGCCAGCCUGCGACGUGCAGCGAGCUUCGAGAGCUUCAGCGCGUCUUCUGCUGCCGCGCCACAGUGUGUUGCCGGGGUGCGGAUGCUGCUCGCUCGGCGCGAUGUUUUCGGCGCUCGGUAACUCACUUUAGCCCCGGCGUUGGUCGCUGGCUAGAGCUAGGGACGAGAAGCAGUGCGCCUCUUUGUAGCAGGACACGCGUCGCCAGCAUUAAUCGCACAGGGUGGAUGCGCCAGCUGGCGGGCCGCGGUGCGUGUUCUUGUUCUACGUAAGCUCUUCUUUCAAGGGUUGUGUGUUGGGCUCGGCUUCGUUCGGUUGCUUUGCACGCCUGCUACGGAUUUCGGGGCUUCGUGCCCAUGCUUGGAAUUGGAUCCAUGUCUGGACCCAUGCGGCAUGGUCAGAAAAGGGCCACUUUUCGGAAAUCGGUAGUCUUUUUUUUUAUGCUCAAAAUCGUCCACGGCUGUUGGUAGGGAGGACUCGCUUCCUCGCCUGGUGUGGUCGUUUUUGCCUAACGGUGUUUGGGCGCAUGUCUGGGCCCAUGUGGAUGGCCUGAAAAAUGCGAGAGUUCUGAUUUUUCAGGAAGCAAAAAAACCAGGCCAGAAGCCGCCACAAACAUGGGUGGCGGACGUAAGCGCAACCGCAUCAAAGGAAAUAAGAUAGAAGAGGAGUGGGCCCAAGCUCUUCUUCCUAAGGUGCCUCCUCCUCCGUGCCCGCAAGGGGUAGGCCUAGGCGCUGUCCGUGUCCGUCGGGGCUCUGGGAGGCGGUGCGCCUCUUGUGCGUGAAGGCGUUGGUGAGCGGCAGGCGCGCACCCCUCUCAGGUGUAAAGGCGUCACUUGCAGAGCGAGGGCGCCAGGUCUCAGCGCUCCCUUUGUGGGGUACUUAGGUCCGCCAUGCGUCGGCCACGAAUCAACACGAAUCGCCUGACUCGUGGCAGGCAUAGUCUGUCGCAGAGGUUUGCCGGCGUGGCUGCUGAUGCUGGCGGUGGCGCCAUGCAGCGCACUCUGAUGGAGACAGAUGGGCUUUCCUCGUUCAUGAAGUGGCCCCGAGUCAGUUGAUUCGGGCGGGGGCGCUCCUUUCUUUGCUGGAACAUGAAGCAAGAGGGAAGUGACGAGUCAAAUGAUUCGUGGAGCCUUUCAGGGAUCACCUGUAAGGCCCUCGCGAAUCGUUUGACUCGUGAGGUGCGUCAUCUGUUUAUGCAUGAAGCGGAUGGGCAGACUCUCUAUUCAUUUCUAUCGCGCUCCACUCCAUUGCGGGCUUCUUUGCUUUGUGCUUUUUCGUGCGUUUUAAAGUCGGACAGUUUACAGACGCUGGACGCGCUGGGUGGCUGGGCGGGCACGCUGGGCGGGCGCUUGGGUGACGCUUAGCGGACUUGAGGCCAGGGCCACGCAUUGGGCACGCCGAGGCCGAUCCCACGCGGCCGAUUUAUUUGUGCCUCGGGGGUGCGGUGCUGCGCGUCCCCUGAGCACAAACAAAGGCCCUCAAGGUUCGGGCAGCGCUGGCGCAGUGCUGCGCCAGUUUGCGCAGUGGCGGCUUGCGUUUGCUCUGUGGCUGUGCAGGCCUGCGCUGCGUUGUGCUGCACUGCGCUGCCUGGUGCAAUGCUGCGCCGCUCCUGUGCAGAGCGGGCUUGGCGGUUGCGUAAUUCGCCAGCGCCGUUGGCUUACGCUAGACUAGCACUGCUGGGGGGAUUUUAUCUCGGGCGGGCGCCUGUAGGGCGUGCCGCCUUUUGAGGCCCUUGGCGUCACGCUGGGUGGACGCUUCUUUGGCGCAGAUGAAUUCGGCACAGCUGGCGCAAUCGGGUGGCUCAGCGGCCCAGCGUGCCAAGGAAGCCCAGCCAUCUUCACAUCGGGAAUGAGCUGCUCGAUAUAUGCGAGGCGCUCCUCAUGUGUCAUGAGGUCACACCUUUGCGUUUGCUGUUGCUCGUUUUACACUAUAAUAUAUAAGUACUUAUAUGAUACAGCUACAGGGACGCACGGGCACGGCCCCCCAACCUGUGGAUGGCUCUGUGCGUGGUGGCGCUGGCGCGCUCUUUUCGUUCCGCCUUGCUUUUCGCGGAUUCUCGGGGUCGAAGGCGUCAAAACUCGGAGCGGGCGCCCCCUUGUGCUUCUUUGCAGGUUCCUGACAGACGUCGUGGCUUGUGCUGACCCUCCCACGCAGGGAGGAGGCCGCCGGGGUAGAAGGCCGCCGAACCCGAAGGCGGCCACGGUCUCGAGGCUUGGCUUCGUUCUUUUGCUGGGUUGUCCUCACCAAAUGCGCGGCAGGGGCCAGCAGGCUUAUGACCAAGGGCCCGGAACGUACAAGCCAAAGCCACACGGCCCAGGGGGUCAAGCUUUGCGCUUUUUGCUUCCUUCGGAGGCCUUCCAUGCCCGGCACCGUGCUGCUGCGGCGAGAGGCCAGCACGUCGGAAGCCUGCAGGGUACAGGCACGCAGCUAGAAUGGAGUGGAGGAGGCUCCGCGGACUCCUUUGGAAGCCUUCCACGCCUGGCAGACGCCUCCAAGAGGGGCUUGGGGAUCCACGGCCACCCCCUUACGCUAGGCGGGGCCGCUACCUUGCACCCUCGGACAGAUACAAAAAGGGCGGACUCUAGUCAUAACCUUACAAGCAUGGAUGGCUUCCACCUUCAAAAAAGCAGUGCAGGACAAUGAGUGGCAACAAAAUUACUCGAACUCGAGCCCGCCUUGCUGUGCCAUCUCGAGACGGCAAGAACGCAAAGAGGAUUAUUGGAGGACAACAAAAACAAAAUAGCCACGUCGCAGAAGUCAAGGCUGGCGCGCCUUCGAAACAGCCGCUUGCCCCGGAGCAAAACAAGAGUGCCUCUCUGCCGCCGAGAACGCGAACUUCUGCUGCGAGUAUGCACGGCUGCAGCUCUCGGGCUGCUUUGCAAAAGAUCGCCACAGGCACAGGCGUGAUGAGCAUGACGGCAACACCGAACCUAAAGAGAAGUCCAGAAGCGGAAAAAACUGUGGCGAGUUCACCGCCAACAGACCAGGGGUCUUUUCGUCCUGCCCGAAUGCUUCGGCCAAGUGGAAAAAUUGAGGCAGACACAGCGCCGCAACUGAAAGUGCCGCCGCCUACUCCGUAUUCAGUCACCAAGCAGCGAAUGAACACCACUGGCGAGCGAGCGGCAAAGAUGAUUACAACGCCAGUCAAGAACUACGCACAUUCAGGCCGCACUGCCAUUGGCAAAUCGAAAAAAUGCGACGAAGCGCGACCUAUUUUAUCGUCAACGAAGACUAUACUGCCAGGUGGGAAGACGUCAACGGAGAAACCGAGCAACGCACAAUCACCAAAUGAAGAAUUUGAGUCUGCGUGCCUUCGAAUACCACGACCAUCGCCAGUUUUACUCUACUCUCCACCGUCACCGCCGAAAUGCAAAGCCCCGAAGCCAUCGCCUGCAACGGUUUUGAAUCUUCCAGACCGGCAACACAACAAGGACAAAGUCGUGCAUCAAGAACUAGACGCAAAUCGUCAGGGCCAGGAGGAUGACGUCGAGGACUUACUACAACACUCAUCAUUGUCGCCUACAAAUGCCUCUCCUGCUUUGGCUCUUUUCUACAAUGACAACGCGGCGACUUCGGUUGCGAUCAAAAGCGCAAGUCGUCAGGCACGCCAGACUCGUCCGGCUCCUCCAGGUACACUUUUUGCGGGCUUUCGGGCUCAUAGACGCGCCGUGAAUGCCCUCGAAGCCCGACCUGCUGAAGAGAAAGAGGCAGAACUGGCAGAAGCAGCUGCACGAAUGGAGAAUCUUGAGAAAACGUUCUUCGCCCAGGAAAAGGGCACUGUCUGGACACACAGAAACCACCAUCAUCGAAAGCGCGUUUCAGAAGCCCCCCUCUCACCGCAUGAUCGUGACAUUCGACGACAUCGAGAACGCCGUUUGCGCACGCAGACAAAGCUGGAUCACCACAGCAACAAGAUUCGCCGCGCGCCCACUAACUCGUCCAUUUUUGGAAUCUCUGCGGCUGCAUCUGCGAUAACUGGGAGCUCAUCGUCUGCGUCGUCAUCGUCUUCGACUACGCGACCGGCAUCAACGGCCUCGAAGCAAAGAAAACUCGCUGCAGCUUCAACAUCGCGAGCGAAAAUCGGCCUGGAAAAUAUCGAAGCCAUAAACGUCGAAGGUGUCAACAACGUCGUUUAUUCCGAGAACGAUGAUGAACCAUCGUCAUCGUACAGUUCCUCUUCGGCUUAUCCAGAAGAUGGAGAUGGAAUUAAUGCAGCUCAAAAAAUUGUGGCAGACCCUGCGAUGGAGCUCGACUUCGAUCACUAUUUAGCCACUCAUGGAGGAACAGUGGAAAGUCUCUCGCCCUUCGUGCUGGCGAAAAGGUCAUUACCAGCUUCAGAGCGUGCGGUUUUUCGCGAGUCUCCAGCGGGCCGGCGCAUCGAUCACGAUAACCCAGUAGGAAGCUUGCUUAGACGGAAUCAGAAUGUUGAUAACUCACAAAGGUCAGUGGCAUUGGCGACAAGGCAUGAACACGAUUUGCUGUUGGAAUCGCCGCAGUCUUAUGGAUCUUCACGGAUGACGCAUAGCCGAGGAAAAGGAGCCGCAAAGGCAAAUGCUGCUGCAGGUGCCACUAUCUCCUUCCCUCACGGUGACGAGGACGAUCCUAGAAGUCAGCGUGAAAAUGGGGAAGACACUCCACCAGAUGAGUUGGAAGACCGACAGCGCAGCUCUCCUGAAAGCGGCGCUUCAUCGCUCGAUCACGACGAGAGGUUUCCACCGACAGUGAAUUUCGUCACCCCCAUGCGCGAGGACAAGCAGGUAGAGCUAGAUCAGAUGAAACUGCUUUCAGAGACGGAGUUCCGACGCUUGUACGCCGCGUACGCACGAGAGAGGCGGUUACGUGUGCGGUGGUACUGGGUCCGCAACAAUCAGAAUCCUGGUCUCUUGCAACCGAUUUCGUGGGGCGCGGGCAACAAAUCGACGCAGCGAAAAUUGGCGACCACAGAACCAGUCUGGCGUGGCGGAAAGCGAGGACACAUCAACUCGACCGAACACAAUUACAAGAUGAGCGUGUGGAUGGUACAUCACUAUCUAUGUAUCAGUCUUUGCUUGACCUCCGGGACUCACGAUGUAUUAGAAUUUGAUGUAAGCUAACUAUCAUAAACAUUUGAUAGUCCUUGAUAGAGAUAGUCACUGAAUGCGGACUUCUCUAAGUACUUAGUUUUAUGAAGAGUCGUCCCAGCAGCUUGAAUGAAAUGUGUUGAGCUUGAAUUGAAAAUUUCCAACUGCAGCUGUACUUUCACACUUGGGCUGCGGCAGCGCGUCAUAUUCACCUCGCGACGCAGAUUGCUGGUCGCGCUGGUCUGGCACAUCGUGCUGAGCGGGAUCUGUGCAUUUUAGCUUAUUGGCGAGAUUAUGCGGCUCGCAAUGCCCGUGAGUUUCGUGAGCAAGAGGUGACGUUUAUGCGCCGAAAAACACUCGAGUGGUGGCGCAAGCUCGCACCACGAAUGCGCCGAUUGCGCAAGGCCCGGAUCCAACUGAGCGGAUUCCUCAAGUGGAAGAAAACCGUGGAGAAUUUCGUUCGUUGGAGAAUAGCACUAGUCUACGAGAUUCGCGUUCGCGGGUUCUUGGAAAAAGGAGCACGCAGACAAGCAAAAUCGCUGAUGCGGCACUGGCUUUAUGGAGCGCAUCGCGCAAGAUUCUUUGCAGGCGUUGUCUUAGAGCUGUUUCGCAGAAAGCGCGCACUGGAGCUUCAAUGUUGGAACAUAGAGGAUCCUUUCGCGGUUACAAUAGCCGCGACAGCACCUGAAGUCGUACCGCUUAGAAAGCCGCACUUGGAAUACUAUCUGCAAGACUCGCAGGCACCUUCGAAUUCCGCAGCUGCGCGAUGCCGUUACAAC